AAAAAAGGGGUCAUCCAGUAACUUCUCAUCCCCUUCCAAAAAAAAAAGUAACUUCUCAUCCCGUACCGAAAAUCGUGAUAACGCACGCAGUUAUGAAGUUAGGGGACCAAACGCCCUAGCAAAUUUAUAGACCUGCUGCCCACAUUAUUAAUGGGGAAAGUACAUUGCCGUAUAGAGCGCACUUCUUGUGUUAAACCAAAGUCCAAGCAAGAAGACGAGACCCAUCCCUCUCACGCAUACUUUCCUCUCAAAAUGAGAAGAAUCUCAAGCUAACCUCCGCUCCAGUGUACCAUUAGCUCGGCCUCAGACUGUUUACUCAGACUGUCACGCGGACAGAACAAGAGGAGUCAGCCAGGCCGGAGAUCUCACCCAAGGGAAAGAAUACCAAAAGGGCAGGGGAAGGAAAGGAAGAGCGCCCAAGCACAAACCUUUCGCCACAGGCCACCAAAGUGACCGAACCCUACCAAUCUACCAUAUAUUCCCAAGGAAUUCCUCCCGGUUGUUCCCCGGAAGCAAGCGCGCCGCUGCCUCUCUUCCUCACAGGCCAGCCAACCCAAGAACGCGGCAAUGCGCGGGACAAUCGUCAAUGCCAUCCUCUUCCCGGUCCUCGCCGUCAUAGUGUUGCUGUCCCUCUGCUACUGCAUCCGAUGCUACCGCCGCCGGCGCCGCCGUCACGGCGUGCUGCCCUCGCACGGGGCGCGGGCCGACCGUUUCCAGGCGGCUGGGUCCAGCGCUUACGGCACCGGUGCGGGGGAGGAGCUGCUGGUGAGGUUCCCCGGCGGCGAGGGGCUCACGGUGGCCGCGAUCCUGGAGGCGCCCGGGGAGGUGGUCGCCAAGUCGGCGCACAGCACGCUGUACCGCGCCGGGCUGAGCGCCGGCGAGGCGGUGGCGCUGCUCCGGUUCCUCCGGCCGGUCUGCUCCGCGGCCGCCGAGGAGGCGGCGGCGGCUGCGCGGAUCCUCGGCGCAGUGCAGCACCCGAAUCUCGUGCCGAUCCGCGCGCUCUACGUCGGCCCGCGAGGGGAGAAGCUGCUCGUGCACCCCUUCUACGCCGCCGGCUCGCUCCGGCGGUUCUUGCAAGAGGGCAUCAAUGAUUCACAGAGAUGGGAGAUAAUCUGCAAGCUAUCUAUGGGCAUUGUCAAGGGACUGGACCACCUUCACACAAGAUCGCAGAGACCGAUCAUUCAUGGCAACCUCAAGGCAAACAAUAUUAUGCUUGAUGCCGAUUUCCAGCCCAGGAUAUCAGACUUUGGCCUCUACCUUCUGCUGAAUCCUUCUGCUUCACAAGAUAUGCUUGAGACCUCGGCAGUGCAAGGAUACAAGGCUCCUGAGCUGAUCAAGAUGAAGGAAGUCACAAGGGAGAGCGAUAUCUACAGUCUGGGCGUGAUUCUGCUCGAGAUGCUUGCUCAAAAGGAGGCAGCAAAUGACAGCCAGCCAAACCCCCGUGACAUCCAUCUGCCCGCCUCUUUCAAAGAUUUGGUUCUCGAGAGGAAGAUAUCAGAUGCAUUCAGUUCCGAGCUGAUCAAACAAAGUAAGAACUCGGGGAAGGAAAGGAAUCUCAAUGCGUUCUUUGAACUUGCAACGGCUUGCUGUAACCCUUCGCCAUCCUUGAGACCAGAUACCAACCGUAUCCUCAAAAGGCUUGAAGAGAUCGCAAGAUGACUGCAGUGAGUUGAGUCACCCGCUUGCUAAUUAGAAGGUGUCGUGUUAUACCAGCAGGAUAGUAAUUAUUAUUUAUAAGUGUACUUUUACCAGUUUGUCGUUUCUUUUGCUGAAGCGUAGAGAGUUUGAAAAUGGGGAAUCGGAGAAUGAUGUACACUUUAGGUGGUAAAAAAAUAUGUAUAGUUUCCGUGCACUCGAAGACUCGACAGAUGGUGCGUUCAAUGAAUGAGGCUUCCGUAUUGCUAGCUGUAUCUUGUAGGUCUUGCUUAAAAUGACAGUGUUGGCUAAUGGAAUUAGGCACAAUGUUAUGAUCUCUGAAAGUACUGGA